AUGAGGAUGAUUUGCGAGAAGAGGAGCCUGAGCUCGAUCGAGCUGAGUCGAGCUGAGGAUCGAGCUGAGAUCGAGCUGAGAUCAGCCAGGAAGUGCGGAUUUGGGAUUGGACUUCUCCAAAAGUUCAACAAAUGGCAAGGGAAAGCCAUUGAGAAGAUGCAAAAGUCCAUGGACAAGAUGGUGAGCAAGAUCAAAAGUUUGGAGAAGAAGGUUUCUGGUUCUUCAAGCAAGAAGAAGAAGUCCAAGGCCCCCACAUUCCCUAGGAGUAGAUCACUUCUCACCACUCCAAGGAGGCUCCCUGCCCAAGAGCCUCACAGAGCCUCUUCUUUCGAGCCAAGGGAAGGAGAAGACAACACGCUCUUCCAAUCCAUACUCGACAUCCACCAAAAUCAAUCAUCGAGCUGA